AUGUACGUUCUCGAAUAUUCCGAAGAUUUUGGUGGUCCCGAAGAUGACUUUGCAUUCCAAAAAACCACCAUAGUCUACGAAAUGUCCGGCUCAAUCUACAGAGCAUACUCUCGAAAGCGAUAUGCAUCAAAAGAAGAGAUCCAGUUCAGCGACAUGUUCAGCACCAACAAAAUCAAAGGGGCUCUCAUUUUCCCGGAAUUCUCAGACAAGUUCACAAAGGCAGAACGGCCCUUGGAUUGUUCGACCUGGUAUCUAAAAAAGCCAAGCCUUUCGUCCUACAGCCCCCAAUACCCAGCCCUGAUCAGAGAAACCUGGAUCGAAGAAGUGAAGACCUGCGAACUUCUGAAGAAAAACCCGCAUCUGAAUAUCGCCCAAUACCACGGUUGCGCUGUCGUUAACGAUGGUUCAAUCAGAGGCAUAUAUUUCACAAAGUACGAUGAGACGCUUAUGACCAGAGUAAACCCUGCCAGUCGCAAUAAGACCGACUUUGCAUACGAGAGACAGGGGGCUGACCGAGACGAGGUCGACCGUUGGGUGGAGGGAAUUGCACGGGGCCUAAAACAUCUCCAUGGGCUGGGGAUUGUCCACAAUGAUAUCAACCCGUGUAACAUCAUGUUUCAAGGUGACACCCCGGUCAUUAUUGAUUUUGACUCCGCUCGGCCUCAUGGUCAUGAUUUGAGCCUGGUCAAACGCACGCAUGGGUGGCAUAAUGAAAAAGCCAAAGCCGCUUUGCCAAUGAAUGAUGUCGCUGCGCUACUUGAAAUACAGCUAUGGCUCUUAGGGGAGACUGACCAGUUCCAAUUUUAA